UUUUCAAUAUGGCAGCUUCCGGUUGGGGAUUUUCUCUAUUUUGCAGCAAGUAAAACGACUAUCACGAUCUUGAUAGACGAUCCACCAUGAGCACAUUUUGUGGACAAAUGCGGGAGUACUCCCGGAUAUCCCUGGACAGAUUUGACAAGGAGAACCUGGAGAGUACUGCGUUUUUCUUGUCUCAUUGUCAUACCGACCACAUGGUAGGAUUAAGCUAUCCUAGCUUCCAUUAUCGUCUGAACUCGUGCAGAGACAUAAAGCUUUAUUGCUCUGAAGUAACCAGACAGAUAUUGUUGCACAUGCAAGAUGGCAAUUACAAACACCUGGACAAGCAUGUGGUCGCAUUAUCUGAAAACAACCCAACAAGAUUAAAGAUACCAAAUUUUUCUGGAAAGGCAGAAGAAGUGGUAGUCACUUUGAUCCCAGCUGCCCAUUGUCCAGGCUCUGUGAUGUUUUUGUUUGAGGGGGAAGAAGGAACCGUCCUAUACACUGGUGAUUUUAGACUAGAAAAGGGUUCUGCAGCAAGGAUUCCGCAACUGAAUUCGGGUUCUAGGUCCAAAAGUAUAAGAAGCCUUUAUGUUGACACCACGUUCUGCACACCAAAAGCAUUCCACAUUCCAAGCCGGCAGGAGUGUCGAGAUGUCAUCAUCUCUGUGAUUGACAGUUGGAUUCAGCUAAGCCCCGCCCACAUGGUUGUACUGAGGGGCAAGGCUUCACUGGGAUAUGAGUAUAUUUAUGAAGAAGUUAACAAGGAGUUUAAACAAAAGAUUCAUAUAAGUGAACGAAAGAUGAGAAUGUACACUGGGGUGCCACAGAUCAGCAAGUGUUUCACCACUGAUCCCAUGGGGACACAAGUACAUGCUUGUGAGAAACAGCUCAAAACAGUCUAUAUGGCAAGUUUCAAUCAGCUUAUAGAGAAGGACAUAGCACAGAAACAGCUCUCCUAA